CCCCCCCGUAACGAAACGGCGAAACCCCUCCAAGCACAGCCGCACCAACCAUGGACGCCGGCGGCGCGCGUCCAUCGGUACCGGCGGUCGCCGCUGCGGCGGCAGCGGCCGGGGGCGCCUCCGUCGCGGACGAGCCCCGGGACGCGCGGGUGGUGCGGGAGCUCCUGCGCUCGAUGGGGCUCGGCGAGGGCGAGUACGAGCCCCGCGUCGUGCACCAGUUCCUGGACCUGGCCUACCGCUACGUCGGCGACGUGCUCGGGGACGCCCAGGUCUACGCAGACCACGCCGGUAAGGCCCAGAUCGACGCCGACGACGUCCGCCUCGCCAUCCAGGCCAAGGUCAAUUUCUCCUUCUCGCAGCCGCCGCCGCGCGAGGUUCUUCUUGAGCUGGCACGCAACCGGAACAGAAUCCCGCUGCCUAAGUCGAUCGCCCCUCCUGGCUCAAUUCCGCUGCCACCAGAACAGGACACACUGUUGGCUCAAAACUACCAACUCCUGCCACCUUUGAAGCCACUGCCUCAAGUUGAGGAGACAGAGGAUGACAAUGAAGAAGCCAACCCUAGCAUGACCCCAAACCCUGCGAAUCCUAAUCCGAACUACUCCCAGGAUCAGAGGGGCAGUGAGCAACAGCACACUCCUCAGCAUGGUCAAAGGGUUUCCUUCCAACUCAAUGCCGUGGCAGCUGCUGCUGCAAAGCGUCCUCGGAUGACCAUGGACCAGUUGAACAUGACCUAACCGUUUAGUGCUGGUUGGAAUUUCAUAUCUCUUUUCUCAUCCUACUAGUCUUAUUAAUUGUGUUUUGAACAAGAAAUUAGUGUUUUAGUGGUUGUUCUUAUUGACUAACCACGAGAUGUGCAGUACAGCAGCAGCAUAAGUUUCUGCCUGGAAGCAUGUUGCCCUGGGAAAGCAAAUAUGCUAUAUUAUGGUAUGUUGUACUUGGUUUACAAUAGGUUAAUUUUCUGAUGCAAUUGUUA